GAUGAUCUGGAGAUACCAGAAACAUAGGAUGUUCUUGAGAUACUGGGAACAUAGGAUGUUCUGGAGAUACUGGGAACAUAGGAUGCUCUGGAGAUACUGGGAACAUAGGUUGCUCUGGAGAUACUGGGAACAUAGGAUGUUCUGGAGAUACUGGGAACAUAGGAUGUUCUGGAGAUACUGGGAACAUAGGAUGUUCUGGAGAUACUGGGAACAUAGGAUGAUCUGGAGAUACUGGGAACAUAGGAUGUUCUGGAGAUACUGGGAAUCAGAUUGCGGCAGUCCAGGAACAUUUCUUUUUUCCAUAGGAUGCCCCCUUAUCGGAAGUCUUCCCAGUAUUUUCAUUGCAUUAACAUUUUCAGAAGGGGGUUGGCAAUAGCAGCCUAUUAUUUCCCUCACUACAUGUCUAUCUUUGAAGCUGACCACGCCCACAUGGUGAAUUGGUGAUGUGUAUGGUGAGCUAAGGAGGAGUGUUCAGAGAUUAUAACUUGUAUGGAUCUCUUGGGCCUGUCUCUGAGCCCCAUUGUACUCAAUGUGUUCAAUCUCUCCUUCCAGGCUCUGUUUGUGGUGGGAAAUACUGGAUAUCUGACAUUCCAUGAAGGUCAUGAAGGCGCCCUUAUAAAAUGAUGAUGGAACACAGCAAGAGAGAGAUCUUAGCUCAUCCCGGACGAGCCCCCACCCGCACACCUUCCAGAGUGUCACCUCGUCUACCGUCACUUGUUCCGGAUGGUGGAGCUACAAGAGUGGGAUCUCCCUCCAGAAAAUACCCCGUUAUGAAACAGAGGGGCUUCUAUUCCGAUAUCCUGACCUUCAGCGCUUCAACGCUGGUCAAAGAUAUCAAUGCAGGACCCAACAUCCAACCUAACCUCCUGAGACAGGCUGAUCGGGACCCUAACACCCCAAAAGUGAACAGUUUUGAGACUCCAGCAAACCUCCAGUCCCUCCUCGACAAGCAGGUCUACGGUCCCACCACAGAAGUGUUGAUAAAAUCCGACUUCUCGAAGAGAGGUUAUGAGCCCAAAGUGCAGGUCCCGUACGAGGUGCCCCCCGGGCAGUGCCCCCGCAAGAUCGAACUGGAGAGGAGGAGACGGGAAUUCCUGAACCUGGAUAUAACACAGCUUCUCACUGAGGAGGGAAUUGACUCCAAUCUGCUAAUGCCAAGACACACCGAUCCCGGAUACCAACCCUCCUUGGGGCAGAACUCCGGACAUCUUCUUCCCUCUUAUCUACCCCUGGAGGUCUUUGAUGAUGAAGAGUUUGACAUUCGGACGUGCUCUGAUUGGCUAAGCCUGGGAUAUGAGGAUGGAUCUGGCGUACGUAAACCUGUGCCGGGCCGGGCGCUGCUUCCUACAGAUGACGUUCUGGGACACGAGGACCCGAGGGGCCCCCAGCUGGAGUACAAAUGGUGCAAUGUUGGAGUUUUGGACUACGAUGAAAAGAAGAAGCUCUUCCUGGUUCAGAAGUCCUCAGACACCAAACUCCAGACACCAAACAAGAUGGCCGGUCCCUCCUGCCAGUACUGUGUACCAAGACUCCAGCUGCUGUUCUGCGCAGAGAACCCAAGGGGGUUUGCACAGAGGAUUGUUGCCGCGGAUCGGCUGCGGAAGAAGACGGAGGCCCUGCUCUUGUAUAACCUCUAUAUAGACUGCAUGCCGGGAAAUGGACAGAAAAUCACCGCAGAGAGCCUGGGCGGGAUGAAUCAAAGACUGCUGAGUACAUCACGCCUGAAACAAGAGGAUGGGGUUCGCCAUCAGCUGGAAGUCCUGGAAGCGGAGGUCGGAUUGGACUACGAACGCACUAUGAACAAACUCAUCUUCGACCGACUCGUCUCUUCAAAGCCUCAGAAAUUUUCCUAUAUUACCGUCCCGGAGAAGGUGGAGGAAAAGGUUCCUGAGAAAGGUCUCGUCUGCGUCCCAGAUUACGCUUACCCCAAGAACCGGAAAGCUUUCACCUUCACCACCCUCCUCACCAGGUCUGAGGUCAUCACUUCUCUCUGCAAAGUUCGGGGCGAAUGUAACAGAGUCUCCACCAUGUCCCUCUUCCACUUCACCCUGACCAAGUGCGUGCGGCUGGAGGAGUUCGAGCAGACGCAGUCACAGACCUUCUCCCAGGUCCAGUUGUUCCUGAAGGACAGCUGGAUUAGCACACUGAAGAACGCGGUGCGUGGCAGUCUUCGGGAGGUGGGGAAAGGCUGGUAUGACCUUACUGAACGCAACUGGGAAGUCUACUGCAUGUCCAAACUGAGACAACUGAUGGAGCUCAUCAAGUUCAACUUGCAGGACUCCCUUCGAUUCCUAGUACAGGACUCCCUGGUCAGCUUUACCCAGUUCAUCCUGGAUGCCUGCUACAGUGUUCUGACCUGCACCGAGGGCAUGGACUGGGGGGGAGACCUUGUCAACAGUCCUUACAAGCCACGCAGAAACCCAAUUUUUCUUGUGGAUCUGGUUCUAGAUGCCUCUGGGGUCCAUUUCAGCACCCCACUGGAGAAUUUUGAGGUUACUCUGAUGACGUUGUUUGAUAAAGGGAUUCUGGCGACUCACAGCGUGCCACAACUGGAGAAGUUUGUCCUGGAGAACCUCUUCAUUAGCGGGACCCCACUGCUAGAGUCUGUGGGCCUCCACGAGUCUCUGGUGGAAGAACUGCGCAGCAACAUCCGCAACGCCAUUUGCAAAGCUAUGAUUCCGUUGACGGCGUACGCAAAGCAGUACGAGAAAUUCCUGGAGCUCAACAACACCGACAUCGACAUGUACAUGAGGGUGUUCCAGGAGAAGAACCCCUCAGCGUCAGAGGUAAAGCUAGCAGUUGAGGAACAUCUUCUGGAGAAGGAGCGUCUGGACAAUGCUCUGCCCAACUCCAUCAUAGUUGGCCCCUUCCAGAUCAGCAUCGAAGGAGUCAAACAAAACUUGUCUCGUAAACGCAAAGCUCUUUCUAACUCCCUGCUGGAGCUGCUCGCUAAGAGCGUUCACAAUGAGGUGGACGGGAUCUCAGACCAGUUCCGAACCAUCAGCCGCAGCUUGUACGAAAAGCCAAACAGCGUGGAGGAGCUGACGGAGCUCAGAGAAUGGAUGAAAGGAGUUCCAGAACAGAUAAAAUCUCUGGAGGAGCAAAUUGGGAAGGUCAUCACUGAUUAUGAGGUCAUCGAUGAAUUCCUGUUUAGCCUAUCUCAGGAAGAUUUCAGCACAAAGUGGGCCAUCAUUGCUUGGCCACACAAGAUUAUGACCACCAUGGAAACCGUCCGAGAGCAGCACUUGGAGGAUGAGGAGCGCUUCCGAAAAAUACAGGUCAUGGAUCAGAACAAUUUCUUGGAGCGUCAGGACUCCCUACAGAUGGUAGUGGCCGGAUUCUCCACUCACACCGAUAUAACUCGCGCUCAUGAGAUUGCCAAUGAAGUUCGACGAGUCCACAAGCAGCUGAAGGAUUCCCAGCAGUUGGCGCAAAUGUACAACAACCGAGAGAGAUUGUUUGGCCAGCCUGUGACCAAUUAUGACAAGCUUCUGAAACUGGUGAAAGACUUUCAGCCCUUCCGGGAUCUCUGGACCACCGUGUCGGACUGGAUACGUUGGUACGAUAGCUGGAUGAACGACCCUCUCACCACCAUCGAUGCCGAACAGCUGGAGAAGAACGUGAUGGAGUCUUAUAAAAACAUGCACAAAUGCGUCAAAUACUUCCGCGAUAUACCAGCCUGCCAGGAAGUAGCACAGGACAUCAAAGGCCGCAUCGAAGAGUUUAGGCCAUACAUCCCAUUAAUCCAAGGCUUGCGCAACCCCGGCAUGAGAAACCGUCACUGGGAGAUGCUGUCAGAGCAGAUACAGAUAAACGUCAAACCCAAAGCCAACCUGACCUUCACCCGCUGCCUGGAGAUGAAGCUUCAAGACCAUAUUGAGGCCAUCGCUAAGGUGGCAGAAAUUGCUGGGAAGGAAUUCUCUAUUGAGCAGGCUCUGGAUAAGAUGGAGGGCGAGUGGGCCUCGGUAUUGUUCACUGUCUUGCCAUAUAAAGAGACAGGAACCUUCAUACUGAAGAGCCCCGAGGAGGCCAGCCAGCUCCUGGAUGACCAUAUUGUGAUGACGCAGAGCAUGUCCUUCUCACCAUACAAAAAGCCCUUUGAGGAACGGAUCAGCACAUGGGAGAGCAAACUUCGCUUGACACAGGACGUACUGGAAGAGUGGCUGACCUGCCAGCGCUCCUGGCUCUACCUGGAACCCAUCUUCAGCUCCGAGGACAUCAACCGUCAACUGCCAGUGGAGAGCAAACGUUACCAGACCAUGGAGAGGACCUGGAGGAAGAUCAUGCGGAACGCCGAGGAGAACACACAGGUGAUCUCCCUCUGCCCAGACCCACGUCUCCUGGAGAGCCUGCGGGAAUGUAACAAGCUACUAGAACUGGUACAGAAAGGGCUCAGCGAAUAUCUGGAAACCAAGCGAGGUGCCUUCCCCAGGUUUUAUUUCCUGUCUGAUGACGAACUUCUGGAAAUACUCUCACAGACAAAGGACCCCACCGCUGUGCAGCCGCACUUACGCAAGUGUUUUGAGAACGUAGCGCGGCUUCACUUCCAGCCGGAUCUGCAGAUCACCCACAUGUACUCUGCGGAAGGUGAGGAGGUCCAAAUGUCAACUCCCAUCUAUCCUACCGGAAAUGUGGAGGACUGGUUACUGGAGGUGGAGAAGGUCAUGAAGGGCAGUGUGCGGGAACACAUUCAACGAUCAAUAAAGGCCUAUCCAGAGACGGUGCGAACAGAAUGGGUGAAGAACUGGCCGGGCCAGGUUGUCAUAGCUGGAUGUCAGACAUUUUGGACAAAAGAUGUGUCUGAGGCUCUGGAGGCUGGAGACCUAAGCACCCGCCUCUUCCCGCAGCUAGAGGCUCAGCUCAGUGACUUGGUCGCUUUGGUGCGUGGAAAGUUGUCUCGCAUGCAGCGCAACAUUCUCUCUGCUCUGAUCGUGAUUGAAGUCCACGCGAAAGAUGUCGCUGCCCGUCUGAUUGAAGAAAACGUCAGCGGAGUCAACGAUUUUGAGUGGAUAUCUCAGCUAAGGUAUUACUGGAACCAGGAAGAUCUGUAUGUGAGAGCUGUUAAUGCCGAAUUCUUGUACGGCUACGAAUACCUGGGAAACACAGGCCGACUGGUCAUAACGCCUCUGACGGACAGGUGCUACCUUACCCUGACUGGGGCUCUACAUCUAAAGUUUGGAGGUGCCCCUGCUGGACCUGCUGGCACAGGGAAAACAGAGACCACGAAGGACCUGGGUAAAGCUCUGGCAAUCCAGACUGUUGUCUUCAACUGCUCCGACCAGCUAGACUUCAUGGCCAUGGGCAAAUUCUUCAAAGGCCUGGCCAGCUCUGGCGCCUGGGCCUGCUUUGAUGAAUUCAACCGUAUUGACAUCGAGGUCUUGUCUGUGGUGGCCCAACAAAUCACCACCAUCCAGAAGGCUCAGCAGCAGAGAGUUGAACGUUUCAUGUUUGAAGGAACCGAGAUCCCGUUGGUGUCUACUUGUGCCGUUUUUAUCACCAUGAACCCUGGUUAUGCCGGCCGUACAGAACUACCUGAUAACCUUAAGGCUCUCUUCCGUCCGGUUGCAAUGAUGGUUCCGGAUUACGCCAUGAUCGCGGAGAUCUCCCUUUAUUCCUUCGGCUUCGAUAACGCCAAAAUCCUGGCCAAAAAAAUCACCACGACUUUUAAACUGUCCUCUGAACAACUCAGUUCCCAGGAUCACUAUGAUUUCGGAAUGAGAGCCGUUAAGACCGUCAUAUCUGCUGCUGGAAACCUAAAGAGAGAAAACAUAUCUAUGAAUGAGGAGUUGAUAUGUCUCCGAGCGAUCCGAGACGUUAAUGUCCCCAAAUUCCUCCAGGAUGACCUGAAGCUCUUCAGCGGGAUCGUGUCAGACCUUUUCCCCCGGAUUGAAGAGGUACCCAUUGAUUACGGAAGCCUGGAAGAGGCGAUUCGUAAAACGUGCGUCCAGGAAAACCUCAAGGACGUAGAUGGCUUUGUGACAAAGUGUAUCCAGCUGUAUGAGACCACCAUAGUGCGACACGGACUGAUGCUCGUAGGGCCAACCGGUUCUGGGAAGUCACAGUGUUAUAAGGUCCUUGCUGCAGCCAUGUCAUCUCUUAAGGGUCUCCCAUCGGUCAGCGGUGGGACUUACGAGACCGUUCACUACUACGUCUUGAACCCCAAGUCCAUCACUAUGGGGCAACUUUACGGGGAGUUCGAUCUGCUGACACACGAAUGGACGGACGGGAUUUUGUCCUCUCUGAUCAGAGGAGGAGCCUCUUCCACAGACCCCGAUAAGAAGUGGUACAUGUUCGAUGGGCCGGUAGAUGCCGUGUGGAUUGAGAACAUGAACACAGUGCUGGAUGAUAACAAGAAGCUUUGUCUGAGCUCCGGGGAGAUAAUCAAACUGACCGAGGCCAUGACCAUGAUGUUUGAGGUUCAGGAUUUGGCUGUUGCUUCUCCAGCCACGGUCUCUCGUUGCGGGAUGGUGUAUUUGGAGCCCAGUAUUCUGGGGCUGACACCCUUCACCGAAUGUUGGCUGCGCCGUAUUCCCGCCGUCAUGGAGCCGCACAAAGAGCAGCUGGAGUCGCUGUUCUCCCGAUUGCUGCAGGAUUCCAUCCGGUUUGUGCGCCAGUCAGUGCGGGAGGUGAUCGCUUCCACCGAUAGUAACCUGGUGAUAAGUCUUCUUAAACUUCUAGAGUGUUUCUUCCAACCCUUCCUGCCCCAAGAGGGACAGAAGACGAUCCCACAGGAGAAGUUGAACCGUGUUGGGGAGCUGAUGGAAUCCUGGUUCUUCUUCUCACUGGUAUGGAGCGUUGGGAUCACCGGAGACUCUGACGGCCGAGAACUGUUCAGUAAAUUCCUGAGAGACAGAAUGGUGGCUGAAAAGGUGACAUUGUUGUUUCCAGAAGAAGGCUUGGUCUAUGACUAUGUGUUGGACGAUGCUGGAAUAAGCAGCACUGCUGAGGAUGAGGAUGAAGAUACCCAGCGGAAGGUGCGCUGGGUGAACUGGAUGGAAUCUUCUGCCCCCUUCUCCAUUGACCCCGACACCAGCUAUUCAGAUAUCAUCGUACCCACAUUGGACACCGUGAGGAUGUCCCACCUCCUGGGGAUGCUACUGACCAACAAGAAGCCGGUUCUUUGCAUUGGUCCCACCGGCACGGGGAAGACCCUGACCGUCUCAGACAAACUUCUGAAGAACAUGCCGCUGGAAUAUAUCAGUAACUUCCUCAUGUUCUCUGCACGGACAUCAGCCAAUCAGACGCAAGAUCUCAUAGACAGCAAACUGGACAAAAGGAGGAAAGGGGUGUUCGGUCCUCCCCUCGGACGCUAUUUCAUCUUCUUUAUUGAUGAUAUGAACAUGCCAGCCCUGGACACCUACGGGGCCCAGCCACCCAUCGAGCUGCUGAGACAGUGGAUGGACCACGGCGGGUGGUACGACCGCAAGCAGAUAGGGGUCUUCAAGAAGUUGGUAGACAUUAAUUUCCUGUGUGCAAUGGGGCCUCCGGGUGGAGGCAGGAAUCCUGUUUCCCCCCGACUCACUCGUCACUUCAACUACUUGUCCUUCUCCGAGAUGGCCGACAGCAGCAAGAGCCGAAUCUUCUCCAGUAUCCUGGGCAGCUGGAUAGUUGGCGCACCGACCAUCAAACACCUUACCGAGCAGUUAGUUGAUGCAACAAUAAAAGUCUACAAUACGAUCACGUCACAGCUACUCCCCACCCCAGCAAAAUCCCACUACACCUUCAAUCUGAGAGAUCUGUCCAAGGUGUUCCAGGGUAUGCUGAUGGCGGCUGCAGCCAAAAUGGAGGACCAGUUCAGCCUCCUGAAGUUGUGGUACCACGAAUCCUGCCGGGUCUUCCAGGACCGCCUGGUGAACCAAGAAGACCGAAGUUGGUUUGAUGAACUGAUGAAGGGCCGGAUGGAGGAGUUUGGGGCCACUUUCCAGGAAGUGGUGCCACAACAGCCGGUGCUAUUUGGAGAUUUCAUGACUUCUGGAUCAGAUUCCAAAGCCUACCAGCUGAUCGAGGAUCGGGACAAGCUUAUUAAAGUGAUGCAAGAAUACAUGGAGGAUUACAAUCAAAUAAACACCUCCAAGAUGAGGCUGGUCCUCUUCCUUGAUGCCAUCCAACACAUUUGUCGCAUCAGUCGUGUCCUGCGCCAACCGCUGGGGAACGCUUUGCUCCUGGGCGUGGGAGGAAGCGGGAGACAGAGUCUCACAAGACUGGCGAGUCACAUGGCAGAGUAUGAGUGCUUCCAGAUCGAGCUGUCUAAAAACUACGGGAUGGUGGAGUGGAGAGAGGAUAUCAAGGGAAUCUUGCUUAAAGCUGGACUGCAGAAUAUGCCCAUCACUUUCCUCUUCACUGACACCCAGAUUAAGAAUGAAGCAUUCCUUGAGGACAUCAACAAUAUCCUGAACUCCGGAGAUGUUCCCAACCUGUACGGAGCAGAGGAGCAGGAUCAGAUUGUCACUGUCAUGAAGCCGGUUGUACAAGACAUGGGGCAACAGCCAACAAAGGCCAACCUGAUGGCGGCCUAUACCCGCCGAGUCCAGGGGAACAUCCAUACCGUGCUGUGCAUGAGUCCUAUAGGUGAGGUGUUUCGGGCUCGUCUCCGGCAGUUCCCCUCCUUGGUGACCUGCUGUACCAUUGAUUGGUUUGACGAAUGGCCGGCGGAAGCUCUACAAUCUGUAGCGUCAUCGCUCCUGAUGGAGAUCCCGGAGCUGGAGUCCAGAGAUUCCGUCAUCCAGGGCAUGAUACAGAUGUGUGUGGAGAUGCACCAGUCAGUCGCCGUGAAGUCCAAACAAUAUUUAGCAGAACUUUCCCGGCACAAUUACAUCACCCCGAAGAGUUACCUGGAGCUGCUGGGGAUCUACUCCUCUCUGAUCGGAAAAAAACUGAUGGAGAUCAAAACCGCCAAAGAUCGGAUGAAGAGCGGCCUGGACAAGCUGCUUCACACGGCGGAGGAUGUGGCUAAGAUGCAGGAAGAUUUGGAGAUAAUGCGCCCCCAACUGGAGGAUGCAGCACAGGAGACUGUGACAACAAUGCAACAAAUCGAGAAAGAUACGGUGGUGGCGGAGGCCACUCGAGCCUCAGUGCAGGCAGAGGAGGCCAAGGCCACGGAGAAGGCCCGCAAAGCUCAGGAAAUCGCAGACGACGCCCAGAAGGACCUGGAUGAGGCACUUCCUGCUCUGGACGCUGCGCUCGCCAGCCUGAAAUCUCUUAAUAAGAAUGACGUCACAGAGGUGAGAGCCCUGCAGCGCCCCCCGUUGGGUGUAAAGCUUGUCAUUGAAGCCGUCUGUAUAAUGAAAGGAAUCAAACCGAAGAAAGUGGCCGGGGAGAAGCCGGGAACUAAGAUUGAUGACUAUUGGGAGCCGGGGAGAGGACUUCUGCAGGACCCGGGCAAGUUUCUUGAGGGACUCUACAAGUUUGAUAAGGAAAAUAUUCCCGAUGCCGUAAUCAAAGCCAUCCAGCCGCACAUCGACAACGAGGAGUUCCAGCCGGCCGCCAUCGCCCGCGUCUCCAAGGCGUGCACGUCCAUCUGCCAGUGGGUGCGGGCCAUGCACAAAUUCCACUUUGUGGCACGAGGCGUGGAACCGAAACGACAAGCCCUACAAGAAGCUCAGGAGGACUUGGAGGAGACGCAGAAGAUUCUGGACGAGGCGAAAGCCCGCCUGAGCGAAGUGGAAGAGGGAAUCACAACCCUACAAGCCAAAUACCGCGACUGCGUGUCCAAGAAAGAAGAGCUGGAGCAGAAGUGUGAUCAGUGUGAGCAGAGGCUGGGCCGCGCCGACAAGCUGAUCACCGGACUCUCUGACGAGAAGCAGCGCUGGCAGGACACAGUGCUGAACCUCGAGAACCUCCUUGUUAACGUCACUGGAGACCUCCUGCUCUGUGCCGGCUUCUUGGCCUAUCUUGGCCCUUUCACGGGCCAUUAUCGGACGGCUCUGUUUGAACAAUGGACGAAGAAGCUGAGGGAACUGGAGGUACCGUGUACUCAGGAGCCUUCCCUAUUGGGGACUCUGGGGGACCCUGUGAAGAUCCGUUCCUGGCAGAUCGCAGGUCUUCCGAACGACACCCUGUCCGUGGAGAACGGCGUGAUAUGUCAGUAUUCACAGCGCUGGUCUCAUUUCAUCGACCCUCAAGGACAGGCCAACCGCUGGAUCAAAAACCUGGAGAAAGAUAACGGCCUGGAUGUGGUGAAGCUCAGUGACCGCGACUUCUUGCGCAGUUUAGAAAACGCCAUUCGUUUUGGAAAGCCGUUUAUGCUGGAGAAUGUUGGGGAAGAGUUGGACCCGGCACUGGAGCCCAUAUUACUCAAACAGACUUACAAGCAGCAGGGGAGCACCGUCCUACGUCUGGGCGAUGCCGUCAUUCCGUAUCACGAUGACUUCAGGAUGUAUAUCACCACCAAACUGCCGAAUCCCCAUUAUCCACCCGAGAUCUGCACCAAAGUGACCCUCAUCAACUUCACACUAUCCCCCAGUGGUCUGGAGGAUCAGCUCCUCGGACAGGUCGUGGCGGAAGAGCGGCCUGACUUAGAAGAAGCGAAGAACCAGCUAAUCUUGUCCAACGCAAAAAUGCGCCAAGAGCUGAAGGAGAUUGAGGAUCAGAUCCUGACCCGUCUCAGCUCCUCCCAAGGUAAUCCUGUGGAUGAUGUGGACCUCAUCAAAGUGUUGGAGGCCUCCAAGGUGAAAGCGGCUGAGAUUAAGGCAAAAGUGCAAGUGGCCGAGCAGACGGAGAAGGAUAUAGACAGCACGCGGCACCAGUAUGUCCCAGUGGCCGUCAGGACUCAGAUCUUGUUCUUCUGUGUCUCGGAUUUGUCCAACGUGGAUCCGAUGUACCAGUAUUCACUGGAGUGGUUCCUGGGCAUCUUUACUGCCGCCAUCGCCAACUCUGAGAGAGCAGAAACGGUGGAGAAGCGUAUCGAGAACAUAAACACGUAUUUUACCUUCAGCCUGUACAGCAAUGUGUGUCGCAGUUUAUUCGAGAAGCACAAACUCAUGUUCUCCUUCCUGCUGUGCGUGCGAAUCCUCAUGGACAAGGGGCUCAUUCACAUGGAUGAAUGGCGUUUCUUGCUCUCGGGGGGUACAGCGCCCACUUUGGCUGACAAUCCAUGUUCGGAGUGGCUGACCGAGCGAGCCUGGAGGGACAUCCAAGCCCUGAAUUCACUAAGCAACUUCAGCAAGAUCAAAGAGCAAAUCACCCAAUACAGCAAAGAGUACUGGAAGAUCCUCGACAGCCCUGAGCCACACCGAGAGGGCCUCCCGGGUGGUUUGGAGCAGUCUCUGGACGCCUUCCAGAAGAUGCUGAUUUUGCGCUGUCUGCGAGGAGACAAAGUGACCAAUGCCAUGCAGGACUACGUGUGUCACCAGCUAGGACAGAAGUUCAUAGAGCCGCAGACGGCAGACCUGGGCGCUGUAUUCCGCGAAUCCUCUCCUGUCACUCCACUCAUCUUCAUCCUUUCUCCCGGAACCGACCCAGCCGCUGAUCUCUACAAGUUUGCAGAAGAAAUGAGGUUCUCCAAGAAACUUAAUGCCAUAUCUCUGGGCCAAGGACAGGGUCCUCGGGCAGAGGCCAUGAUGAGGAACGCUAUGGAAAGAGGGAAGUGGGUAUUCUUCCAGAACUGCCAUCUCGCCCCCAGCUGGAUGCCCUCCCUAGAGAGGCUGGUAGAGAAUAUUGCCCCCGAUAAAGUCCAUCGGGAUUUCCGAGUCUGGCUGACCAGUAUGCCCAGUAACCACUUCCCAGUGUCCAUAUUACAGAACGGCUCUAAGCUGACCAUUGAGCCUCCACGUGGGGUGAAAGCCAAUCUCCUACGCACUUACCUAAGCUUGACUGAUGCAGAACUAAAUGACUGCAAGAAGGCUCCAGAGCACAAGGCCCUGCUGCUAGCUCUCUGUCUGUUCCACGGCAGCACUAUAGAAAGACGGAAGUUUGGUCCGCUGGGAUUCAAUAUCCCUUACGAAUUCACGGAUGGAGAUCUGAGGAUCUGCAUCUCCCAGCUGCGGAUGUUUCUGGAGGAGUACACCGACAUCCCCUACAAGGUUCUGCGUUACACAGCCGGCGAGAUUAAUUAUGGAGGUCGCGUUACCGACGACUGGGACAGAAGAUGCCUCCUGAGUAUCCUGCAGGACUUCUACCAGCCGCCCGUGCUGGAAGAGAAUUACAAGUUCUCGGAGUCGGGAGUUUACCAUCAGAUCAACCCGACCUACGACCUGAACGGCUACCUGCUGUACAUCCGUUCUCUUCCGCUCAACGAUCUGACGGAAUUGUUCGGACUCCAUGAAAAUGCGAACAUCACCUUCGCACAGAACGAAAGCUUCGCCCUUCUAGGGUCUCUCGUGACGCUUCAGCCGCGGACGAAGAGCGCGGGAGGGAGCCGCGACCAGAUGGUGGAAGAAAUCGCUGAGGGGAUCCUGAAGAAGGUUCCAUCGCUCAUCCCUGUGAAGGAAGUGAUGGCAAAAUACCCCGUGAUGUACCAGGAGUCCAUGAACACCGUGCUAGUGCAGGAGGUCAUACGGUAUAACCGCCUCCUUGGUGUCCUCUCCCAGACGUUGAGCGACCUGCUGAAGGCCAUGAAAGGUCAGGUCGUCAUGUCAUCCCAGCUGGAGCUCAUGGCCAACACUUAUAACAAUUCAGUGCCAGAACUCUGGCGGGCAAAGGCGUAUCCAUCACUGAAGCCGUUGUCCUCCUGGGUGAUCGACCUUCUCGAGAGAAUCAAGUUCCUUCAGACGUGGAUCUCAGACGGGAUCCCGGCCGUCUUCUGGAUCAGUGGCUUGUUUCCUCAGGCGUUCCUGACCGGAACCUUACAGAACUUCGCCAGGAAGCACGUCAUCUCCAUCGAUACCAUCUCCUUCGAUUUCAAGGUUUUGCAGGAGACAGCGUCGGAGCUGAAGCAGCGCCCCCCAGAGGGGUGUUAUAUAUAUGGCCUGUUCCUGGAAGGAGCGUGUUGGGACAAGUCGACAAUGCAGCUGGCAGAAUCAAGGCCUAAAGAACUUUACACAGAGAUGGCAGUCAUGUGGCUAGUACCAAUGGCCGAACGCAAACCUUCCACCUCCGGGACCUACCUGUGCCCCAUCUACAAGACCCUAACCCGAGCAGGAACACUCUCCACCACGGGACAUUCCACCAAUUACGUCAUCGCAGUGGAGCUCCGCAGCAGCCAACCGCAAACCCACUGGAUAAAAAGGGGCGUGGCCCUGAUCUGCGCUCUGGACUAUUGAUUGGACGAUGUGCCAAAUAAUUAUCUUUAAACUUCAGGGACCUUUUCAGAAUUUUAUUAUUUAAAAAGAAGAAUCAGUUUUAAUGAUCUCGGCCAUUUG